GCGCCCCAGCCCCAGCGUCCGGCUCUGGCGAUCGGCUUCCGAGCUCCCCAACUUCAGCAGGGCUGCAGCCCACAGGGGGGUAGUACUGAGGGGUGGGGGGCAGCCGCCAGCCGGGACAUCCAGGGGCGGCGAGUGCGGAGCGCCCCAGCAAGGUUCAGGGCCAAGUUCCUGAAGCGGGGAGUGAAGGAGGUCAUCAGGAGCAACAGCAGUGGGAACAAAGGUAACAAUAAUUUAGCAUGUCAGCACCGACCCAGACACUUGAAGAGUUAGCUGAGUAUGAAUAUAUUGUAGAGAAGACUUUCCUUUCUGAGGAUAAUGGGUAUGAGUUCUUCAAUGCUUUUGCAAGGAAUAAAGGGUUUAGUCUAAGAAAGGGGAAGGUUACACGUGCACCAAACAAAGAUGACAUCUCAAGUCGUCAGUAUUUAUGCUCAAAAGCGGGGGCUAGGCAACCUAAAUUCUUGAUCAUGGAAGAUAAGAAAAGGAGACCCCGGCCAGUUACACGGUUUGAGUGUCCAUUUGAGGUGGUGAUUAAACAUAAACCUGAGAUGAAUGUAUGGUAUGUAUAUAAGUACAUCGAUACGCACAACCAUGUUAUGGCCAGAUCAAAUGAAGUAGGUUUCCUCUUCUCGCAUCGUAGAAUUUCAGACCGGCAGAAAAAAGAAAUCUUAGCAUACCAGACUGCUGGUCUAAGGAAAUAUCAAAUUAUGGAUGUUUUGGAGCAGCAAUAUGGGGGACCUCAUAAUGUCGGUCAUGUCACUAAGGAUCUGUAUAAUUUUUCAUAUUUGAAUAAAAAAGCAAAGAUUGCAGAUGGUGAUGCAAAUGCUGUGUUGCAGUUUAUGAAACAAAAGCAACUAGAGGAUUCUGAAUUCUUCUUCGAGUAUAAGACUAGUGCUGAAGGUCGCUUGCUUAAUCUAUUUUGGUGUGAUGGACAAUCUCGCCUAGAUUAUCAAGCAUUUGGGGAUUUGGUAAUUUUUGAUAGUACAUACCGAACAAAUAGGUACAAGAUGCCAUUUGUUCCUUUUGUAGGCUUGAAUCAUCAUCGCAGCACUACAAUAUUUGCUUGUGCCAUUGUUUCUCAUGAAAAUGUAGAAUCAUUUGAAUGGUUGUUAAGAACUCUUCUAGUAGCAAUGUACAACAAGGAACCAAAGUCCAUAAUUACUGAUGGAGACCGUGCAAUGCGCAAGGCUAUAAGAGUAGUUUUACCUAACACUGAUCACCGUUUGUGUGCAUGGCACAUUGAGAGAAAUGCUGCUCGCUUCCUUCAUUAUUCCAUGAUCCCUGGAUUUAGGAAGCUGAUUUACAUGCGUGCAUCUCCACAAACCUUUGAGAAUCAAUGGAAAAGCUUCUUUAAGAAGAUUAAUGCAAUUGGUAAACGUCGUAGACGCCGUAAGCAUAUCAGGUGGCUGACAAUGAUGCACACAAUUAAGAGGUUGUGGGCAGCUAGUUAUUUGGAGAAUAAAUAUUUCUUGGGUGCCAAGAGUAACCAGCGAAGUGAGAGCUUAAAUUCUCGACUUCACAAGCACCUAGACAGGAAAAUGACGUUGUAUGAUAUGAUUGAUCAUUAUUUCCAUUGUGUUUCUCGCAUUAGGAGAAACGAGUCGCAAUUGGACUGUGAGGCCUCCCAGUCCAUACCAGUGGGCAUUACAGAACAUCAUGUCUUGGAAAACUCAGCUGCUAACUGUUUCACUCCAGCAAAUUUUUAUUUGGUGCAGAAGGAAAUUACAAGGGCAACACUGUAUGACAUUGGGGAAAUUUUGGAGUCUGAUGUUUCGACAAAGUACAUUGUUGCAGCAAGAGGUGGCACCAAGGUUUUUGAAGUGGAAUGUGAUGAUGAGGAGACCCUUGGAAAUGUUAGCUGCAGCUGUUUGAAGUUCGAGUGUGAAGGAAUUCCUUGUUGCCAUAUCAUGGUUGUGUUGAUUACACUUGGUGCUGCGAUGCCACAAUGUUGUGUGCUAAACAGGUGGACACUUAAUGCCAAGUCUGCUAUCUCUUUAGAAACAACUGAUCAUGUGAACUCAAUGAAAGGGACUCGUUUCAGUGAACUGCUUAUGUUGGCAAAACCAGUUUUCGAAGAAGCAUCAUGUUCAAUUGAUGAAUAUAUGAGAUGGAAGGAGAUUCUUGAAGCGGAGCUCAAAGGAAAAAGAAAAAGAGAAGAUAUAGAGGGUGAAUCAAGUGGUAUUGAAGACAAAGAGAAUGGCUUAGAAGCUGAGGCAUCACCAAUAAAUGUCCAAGAUCCUGACAUAGUCCAAAGCAAAGGAGCUCCAAAGAGGUUCAAAAACUUCUUGGACAGGCCAAAUAAAAGGAGGUGUUCAGAAUGCAAGGCAACCGAUCACGACAAACGGACUUGCCCAAAAAUUAAAAGGAGAUGGUGAUGGGAAAUUUGGGUCUCUCCAUGUCUUGAUCAGUUUAUUCUCUAAAUAUUCGAUCAGGUAUUUGCUACGGUCGGCUCUUGGGUAGCAAGCUGUUAUGUACGGGAACGUCUACCACAGGCGACAUCGCAGCUAGAGUGGCACGCGCCCACGACGCCAACACUGAUGCGGCAAUUGUAUCUUUGCUUUUUAGAUUUUGUAAGUUGGAACUGGUUGUGUAAAAGCCUGAACCUGAAGGCUAUUGCAAGUACGUAUCAUUUUAACAAAUAUUCGAGUGAAUGUGUAAGUGUUUCUGCGUGUAUAUAUGGCAUCAUUUCACAAAUCUGAAUAAGCACGUGUGUGCAAGCUUUCCAUC